UUUGAUAACAAGAUGUUAUAAUUAUAUUUAAUAAGUUUAUUUUUAUGUUUCCUUUAAAAUUGAUUUAUGACUAAUAUUCAUGGUUCCAGUGAGACAGUGAUCAUGAAUCAUGAUGACAUUAUAUCCACAUAUAUUAAAAAACUAAGUCAUCCCUUAAAAGAAAUACGUGAACGAUCUCUACAACUGCUUCUAAAUAAAUUACAAUUUGGCUGGCACCUAUGUGAUGAUUUAACGAAAUGUUGUGAGCUUAUACAGGCUAUAGUUAUUUGGUUUGAUCAGCAAAAAACAAUGCAUCGGGAGGCAUUACAGGUUUUACUUAUAAUCAUAAAGAGCAAAAGUGGCAGUUUUGCUGUGAAACAAUAUGAUAGUAGGAAACUAAUAGAAGAUUUAAAGAAAUAUAGACCAAUAAUUGAUGACAAUGCCCAAAAUAUCUUUGAAGAUGUCAUAGAAACCUUACAGUUUAUGCACACUGUUGACUCAGAAGAAAAUAUAACUGUGCCUGGAAUAGAGUUAAAUUCAGUGUCAAGUUCAGAAUGUGAAAUAAAUGUACUUCAAUGUUCUAAAUGUAAUGUUCAACACUCUUCAGAAGAAUCCUACAAUGAAAGAGGCCAUAAUAAUAAUCAAUAUGAAAUUUUCAGAUCAAAUGGUUUAAAUGUGUACCUGUUCCCUUGGGUUUUAUUAAGUCCUUCCGACCUGAAAACAAUUGUUCUCAUAGAAGACUCCUUAAAGUUAGUCAAAUCCACAAGAAGAAGUUGCAGAUUUAUCAGAGAUGUGUUUCUUCAUGACUUUCCUGCAGAAAUAUUUUUAAACAGACCUUCAAUUGUGAAUACACUCCUGACAAUAGCAGAUGGUCAAUGUGGAAACAGUCCGGGUGAAGCUUUGAAUGUAUUGCAACACAUAACAGUUGCUCUGCAUAAGAGACUACUCCAGCUCUUUUCUGCUGACCUUAUCUGUGGAAACAACCAGGUGGAGUACGAGAACAAAGAAUAUUGUGACAAAGUGAAUAUGGAACUGCAGAAUGCUUUGGGCGGAUCACAUUCACCGCUGGAAGACACAUUGGUAGCAUUGAGACAGCUGCCUGCACCAAUAUAUGCGCUCAACACUUGUAACACAGUUUUGUCAAUACUACUGAAGAGUGUUAUGAAAUUUGAUGCGGACUCAGUGCAUAUCGAAACUUUGAAAAUGAAAGAAUUUAACACGUGCCUGUCCUUAGUCGAAGCCCUCAUAGAAUUUCUGUUGGAGUGUGUAACUGAAAGUUUCUGGUCUGCGGAUCACUCGGCAAAAUCUCAGAGGGACAUUGCACACAAGAGUUGCAUGCUCAUGCGUUUGUUGGGCGACCUCUUGCUUGCAUUUGAAGAAUCCUAUAACUCAGAGCCAAGUCGAGCUCACCAUCGAUUGGCCUGGAUCAGGUUGAUGCUGUGCGCCGAAAAGAUAAUGAAUUGGUCCAAAAACUCACCCCUGCCUCCGACUUCCUUCCUUAAUUCAUUACAACAUGCCGUCUUAGACCCGGGAAUCGAUAUCUUCUUUCCCGAAUUAAAUAAACGCUUAGCAGCUGUCCUACAGAAUGCAAAGUCUCUAGUUGAUCAAGAAUUCAAAAGUAAAUACAGAGAAUUGCAAAAACUUCACACCAGCAUGACCUGUGCCGUGCAGUUCAUGAGGAAACAAACGAAACAAAAUGCAAGCGACCUCUUGCUCUCCAUAAGAAACUCCCUCCCCAUACUCCAGAUACACGGGAAUGAGACAUUUCUUAAGGAUAUGGCUUCGGUUAUAGUUACGAAAUCAAAAGAUUUGAACUUUGAUGAGGACAACUGGUCCACAGCGCGGAGUAUAGCAUUGGUUUUAAUGUGCCAUAAUAUAGAGUGGGUGCGAGUGGAGUUUUAUAAGAUAUUGUCGGAUAUGGUCAAGUCUGUUCUGAUGGGCGAUGACACGCAACCAGACCAAGAGAAAUGCUUAACUUUGAUAUGUGACGUCAGCAUUCUGACUGAGAUAUGCUGUCAUGGCCUGUCGUCCUGUGUAAAAGAGAUAGAAGAGAGCGCGUCAGAUAUAAUAGUGUACGUGUUGCGCGGCAGACUGGUGGUGAGUGAGAGUUGUUGGUGGAGGCUGCUGGCCAGUUUGUUGCCCGUGCUGCCACUCCUGCACGUGUACGUGACGCACGACACGCAACUUGGUAAAGCUAUAUGUAAGUCACUGGAGCUGGAUAUAGCGGACUGCUUGGGGAUCCCCACUAUUGACAUGACGUGGGGUCUGGUGAGGCUCCUCUUCGUCAAAUGUCCCGCCGUACAGCUGGACGCUGCGCACUCGUUGUGUUGCCUACUUGAUGACGAAAGAUAUCUUCCGCCCAAGGAGACGUUACGCACGGACAUAUUAGUCAACGCCCUCAGGCGUGUUGAGCCACAGGAUUUCAAUAUCGAUCAAAACUCUUCCACAUCUAAUAGUUCGCAGAGCACAGGUCUAAUACAAGUACUGGACGUGUUGAAGCAAGACCUGGAAUUAGAUGAGGAUAGUGGCGAGUGGGUUGCCAGCCAGCGCUCCCGGCCGCAACUGGAAGCUUCUAUGCGUCGCUCCACGCUGCAGCAGCUCGCCGUCAUGCUUAGACAUCCUGAUAUGCACGAGAUGUUCCUGAGGAAUGAUGGAGUUAAGAUCGUCAUGGCUUUGUUGAGGAUGUCCUUUACCGUGUAUGACUACCUGGCGUUUCCGGAAUGCGCACUGAGCUGCGUGUCAGUGCUAAACAGCAUUUGCUUUGUAGCAAGACAUGUGUUGUCCAAAAUUGCUGAUUUACCAUGCUUCCUUAUUAGGGGUAUCCUCGUGUUCCCUGCGAACGAUAGCCUCGUGGCCAUGUCGUGUCAGGUUCUCUCCCUGGUGGCGUGGGGAGGGUUCGCGUUGCAGGAGCUGGACGCUGCUAGACGUCGGGUGCCCUCGUUGCCCUUUGCCGUCACGGAAAGAGUUGCGCUGCCCUUUGCCGUAUCCAGCUACUGGCAGACCAGCCCCAACGCCGAGCAUGAUAUUGUUGAAUGGCUACUCACCUCAGACCGAUGGCGCACCUGCGUCCGCGCGCGGUGGUGGUGGCAGCUGACAGCAGGCCGCACGCUGCGGGAGUCUCCGCGCCACAUCCAGGGUGCCGGCAUCCCCUGGCCGCCGACCACUCACGAGCUGCUGGUGCUGCGCUCAGCCUGCGUGGACUUCUCCUGCUCGAAGCUCCUGUUGAUGCUGGAGAACGCAACCUCGCACUCACAAGUCAAUGAGGCACUUUAUUUGUUGGAGAGCUACGUGCGUAUAAUGUCGUCAUCAACGGUCCGUCCGGGCGAGUUCGACGCGCUCCGAUGGGAAAACAUGAAGAGGUUUCUCACUGCGGCGCCCGCUUCUGGUCGCGACACACUCUUGCUCACUUCUUUGGUCCAGUUCAUCAUAGUGUACAUGGACACUGUACCAAAACAAGCCCCGAUGACCUGGAUCAACUCUUCGUUCAUCGGCAACGAUGCGGUCAUACUGUCAGUACUGAGUCGUGAUAAACUGUAUCCCGGACAGAGUGACACAGAGGACCUAGACGCGAUACAACUGCGUAUACACAUCGUCAAAGUAGUGUUGCGGUGUGUUGUGCUCGUUGAACAUAAGGAUGUCUACAGCAGCAGGAAAAUGGAGAGUUUGUUCAAGAUUGUUCUCACGUGCUUAGAGAGGGUGGAUGUGGCAAAUUUUCACGUGUUAGGUUAUCUGAAUGUCUUGUUGCGGUGCCUCAGAUUCUGUCUGCACUGUCGAUACCUGCAACUGUCGGAAGAACUGCUGAUCUCCAGCAUGGCAGUGAUGACGCGGCUCCUGUGCAAAUGUGGCUCUGGCCUCAGCGGUAGAAAGGGAGAGGCGAGUAGGCUGGACAUCGUGCUGUCGUUACUGGCGCUUGUCAAUAAAUCUCGAUCUGAAAGUGUCCCUGUACAACGGUGGAGUGAAUGUUUCGACGGCGAGGCGGUGGAGGCGAUAGUGCGGUGCAGUGCGCCGCCGGCCCGCAGCGAGUUGCGGGCGUGCGGACUACACGUGGCGGCCGCGCUCGCACACCACGCGCACUUCAUACCACACUUGAUACAGUAUGUUCCGGGCGAGUCCCUCAGCAGCUAUGCAGUGCAGAUGUUCAUGAAGGCCGGUGAAGCCAACGUAGUCCGUUCAGCGGCUCUAGUCCUGCUAACUGCUGUCACCUUCAGACAAUCGGCACACAAUCAUGUACUCGAGGCAGAAGUACUUGGAGCUAUCGAAGAAAAUAAUUUCGUUGAAGAAUGUUUACAAGUGCUCGUCGAUUUCUGUAAUAACAAGACCUACAAUUUGAUAAUCGAACCAAAUGUGCCAGUAACAUUGUUGGAGCGCACGGAGGAGUUGGAAGUACGCGCGCAGAAAUGCAAUGACGUGAACGUUACACCUCACCAUGCCGUAGUCAGAGCCCCGCCCACUGCGGACCUCGUAGCGUCCAUAGCGGACGUGUUCUCUAAUCUCGUCUUGUUUAAGAACUGUCCCGUUCAGGCGUGGAAUGAACAGGGACUCUUCAGACUUCUGUUUAGAUGUGCCACACGAUCAGCGGCUGAUAUAUCUCAAGCGAGUCUCGUCUGUGCCAGCGCGUGUCGCUGCCUGAGCGGCGCGGCGACGCACAAAUGCGUGCGAACUCUCCUUGCCUCUACGAAAGAUUGUCUCUACCAUUUACUACUCACGCUCACACCUCUUAAUAAUGGUAUUUUACUUCUUUUUUUUUAAGUUGAAACGUCUCUAGAUGUUGUUUGUGUGUAUUGAAUGAGACUGAGCUGUAACGCUCAGUAUGUAACGCUUAUUCCGCUUAAGUCGGCUAAUUCAUUGCUAUUGACAAUCAAAGCAAAAUUU